AUGCCUGUGAUCACUCAUAUGACCAUUGAAGAUAUUCGAUUUCCCACCUCACGUGAUCUUGAUGGCUCGGAUGCAAUGAACCCUGAUCCCGAUUAUUCAUCGGCUUAUGUUAUUUUACAUACUGAUACCAAACUCGAAGGACAUGGUAGUUCAUUUACUAUUGGACGUGGAAAUGAAAUUGUUUGUGUUGCAAUUAAAGCUUAUGAACAUUUAGUUGUUGGACAGCGACUUGAAAAAUUUAUUGAAAAUCCUGGCUUGUUCUGGAGACGGUUGAAUAAUGAUUCACAAAUUCGAUGGAUAGGACCAGAUAAAGGUGCUAUCCACUUAGCUUUGGGAUCUAUCGUCAAUGCUCUCUGGGAUUUAUAUGCGAAAUCGAUGAAUAAACCACUAUGGCGUCUUAUUGUCGACUUUACACCUGAGGAGUUUACUAGAGCAAUUGAUUUUCGAUAUCUGACAGAUGCACUGACACCUGAGGAAGUUUUAGAAAUGCUAAAACGUUUAGAACCUACGAAACAAGAACGUAUUGCUCAACUAGAAAAAGAAGGCUAUCCGGCGUAUACCACCAGUGCAGGAUGGCUAGGCUACUCGGACGAUAAAAUUCGUCGUCUUUGUCAAGAAGCUUGUCGAGAUGGAUGGACACACGUUAAAAUAAAGGUAGGACGAGAUUUAGAAGAUGAUAUUCGACGAUUAACAAUAAUUCGUGAAGAAAUCGGAUGGGAUCGCAAAUUAAUGAUUGAUGCGAAUCAAGUUUGGGAUGUUCCUCAGGCCAUCGAAUGGAUGAAAUCACUAGUCAAAUUUAAACCAUGGUGGAUUGAAGAACCAACGUCACCUGAUGAUAUUUUAGGUCAUGCGACAAUUGCCAAAGCACUUGAACCAUUCGAUAUCGGUGUAGCGACAGGAGAACAUGGAAUGAAUAGAAUCUUGUUUAAACAAUUACUCCAAGCCAAAGCGAUAAAAUUCUGUCAAAUAGAUUCAUGUCGCCUAGGUGGGGUUAACGAAGUAUUAGCCGUAUUACUUCUUGCCGCUAAAUUUGGUGUUCCUGUUUGUCCACAUGCUGGAGGUGUCGGCCUUUGUGAAUUUGUUCAACAUUUGUCAAUGAUUGAUUUUGUCUGCGUGAGCGGUACCUGGGAAAAUCGAGUAACAGAGUAUGUCGAUCACCUUCAUGAACAUUUUGUCGAUCCCUGUCGAGUAGAAAAUGGACGGUAUCGAAUACCAACACAGCCAGGUUAUAGCACAGAAAUGAAACCAAGCAGUCGAAAAGAAUAUAUGUAUCCAAAUGGAAGUUGUUGGAGAAACAUGAAAUAG